GAUUUCCAGGUGGUGGUUCUAGCCGGCGGCACUUCGAAGAAUCCAGUUCCUCUCGCCUCCACAGUCUUCCUCCGACUCUUCCUUUUUCAUGAUUUUUGGUUCAAAUCCAUUCUAUAAUCAUUGCUGAUUCUUCUUUUGCACUUGGAAUACAGGAGGUGCCCAAAGCGCUGCUUCCGGUGGCGAACCGUCCCGUUAUCUCUUACGUUUUGGAGCAUCUGGAGCAAAAAACGUCAAGGAUCUGAUUGUUGUGGUAGAGGGCAAAGAUGCGGCACUCCAUGUUGGUGGUUGGAUGUCUGGGGCUUUUGUUGAUCGUCUACAUGUUGAGGUUGUAAGUGGUGAUCUUGUUUCUGAUGUACCUCUUGGUGCAGUUGUGGCUUCCCAUAGAGGUCAUGGUGCAGCGGUGAUUGCAGUGCUUUGCUCUGCUCCUGUGAGUGGAUCUUUGGAAUCAGGAUCUGGUGGUGGAAAGGACAAAAUCAAGAAACCUGGAUGAUAUGACAUCAUUGGCCUUGACACAACUAAACAAUUUUUGUUAUACAUUGCAACUGGAGGUGAAAUUGAGAAAGAUACACGAAUUCAGAAGACCAUGCCAUGCACAAUUGACCAGGUAAUAGCUUGCAAGCAAUCCUUCUAUUAAAUAGAACUCUUUCAGCAAUUGAUCACCCAGAAGUCUCUUCUGUCUAGGUGUGUGUUCAUGUUUCCCAAUAAAAAGAGUUACUAAAU